GCAAAGUUAUGGAUAUGCAUUGUAUAUACAGUUCAUGACCUCAUGUUUGUAUGGACUUUUUAUUUCAAUGUUUUUAAUACUCAAUUUUAAUAGCCCAGGCUGGCUUGAUGGUUGGUUGGUUAUACAUCGCCUGUAAUCUGCACGUAAAGUCUGCGACUUAGGAUCUGUAAAUAUUUUGUUGGAGACAAACAACAUUGUGAAACUUAAGUCUACAUUUCAACUUAUUUUCACUGUAGGCAUACAUGUAGGCCUAUGUCAACAUUUUUAUAAUGACUUUGAUUAUGUUCAUGUAUCUUUGCAGGCUGAUCUGAUUGGUAGAAAUGUCUUCCGCUUCAAGAAAUGUAUGAAAACAAAGCUACUGAACCAAGUAGCAGUAGAUAAUCCUGAGGGGAUGGGUAAAUCUUCUAAAGGAUGGGAUGUUCUUGUGGAUAAACUGAAAGCAAGUGGUCCAAAGUGGCAGUUGCUGACAACAAAAUGUGCGAGAGAAAAUGUGCGAGAGAUGCUGCGUGAGUGGCACAAAAACCAAACUGAAGUGGAUAAAACUACAGGAACUGGUGCUAAUGUAACCGAGGAUGACGCCUUUCUACAGGAGAAUUUCGAUCUGUGGAAUAGCCGAAAAGAGGAGAUGCAGAAGCGCAAAAACAACUCAAGUCAAAUGAAGGAGAAGAAGUCAACAAAGGCUGGACUUCAAUUGCGGCAGGCAGCCACACAAGGCUUGAAAAGGGCUAAAGCAUGUGAACAAGAUGAUGGGCUACAUGUAUCUGAUGAAAGCCAGGAAACGGAAACCUCUGAGAUAUCUGUUCCUGCUAAGCGUCAACGCAAGCAAGCACUCUGGAGCUAUUUGAAAGAAGUCAAGCUGUCAGAAAACAGCCUCAAAGAUAAAGAAUUGGACCUGCGCGCAAAACAAAUGGUCAUCGAUGUAGAGAAAGUAAAAAUUGAGAAAGAGAGGCUAAGGCUACAAAGUGUGCAACAGGAGCAGCAACUGCAACUUCAGCGUGAGCAGCAGCAGCAGAACUUCCGUUUGCAGCAACAGCAAAUGGAAGCUAUGUUGUCCCUGCUUAAAAAGUAAUGUCAAGGCCCC